AUGCCUGUCAAAUCCCAAAACAUUUAUGACAAUCCAGAGUUCUUUAUUGCGUACGCAAAUCUCCCUCGAUCUCAACACGGUCUGCCGGCCGCACCAGAAUGGCCAAUUCUGGAGGAGAUGAUUCUGAACCCGAAGUCCUCCUUCACAGGGCCAAUAGGAAGCCCUCUGAAAGGAUCUCGAAUCCUCGACUUAGGGUGUGGUUACGGCUGGUUUAUCCGUUGGGCCCGUGAGAAAGGCGCUGGUUACAUCAAAGGAAUCGAUAUUUCCCAAAACAUGAUUGAACGAGCAAAGGAAUUUGAGGCUGAGAUUAACCGCCAAACAAAAGACAGCGUGACGGCAACGAUGUCUGCUACAGAGGUCACCUUCGAAAUCCACGAUUUGGAGAUUCUCAAUUUGAGUCAUCAGCCUGAGCAAGAGUUGUAUGAUCUGGUUUAUAGUUCUCUGGCCUUUCACUACAUCGAGGACUUUGUACGACUUCUUCGGGAAAUCCACGGCUGUCUGAAAAAGGGCGGUGGCCAUGAGCAAAGGGGAAGGUUGAUCUUCUCUGUUGAACACCCGGUUGGAACCGCCCUAGUCAAUCCAGGGCCGGGAUUCAAGGUGAUACAGGAAGCAGGUAAAGACAUGAUAGUGUGGCCAUUGAAUUCUUAUAGCAGUGAGGGCCUGCGCUUGAGUAAUUGGUUGGGAGCAGAGGGGGUGAGGAAAUAUCAUCGCACUGUUGAGACUUAUGUCACGGCCUUGCUUGAGAACGGAUUUGUGUUGACCGGCUUGAAGGAUUGGAGUCCUUCAAAGAGGGAUGUCGAAGGCCAACCAGAAUGGAGAGCUGAGGGACAUCGUCCAUACUUUCUAUUGAUUUCUGCCGAGGCCAGGGAGUGA